UCCUCUCGAGCAGGCCCAGUUGACGGCAAGGGCUGCUGGGUUUACGGUGCAGAACAGACCGCACAUACGGCAACUCUAUGCGGCUCUCUCUCUCUAACACAGACUACGAAACUCCGAGCCGUCUUUCGCUACGCCCGGCCACAUUUGUAGAUGUCUCCGGGAGCGAAUGGAGUCCUUGUCGGAGCAACAGUCGCCGUGAGUUUGCAGCUUAGCUCAGCCUAGCCGCCGUGUGUGGCGACUUGCAGUUCUGUACCGACCGACGGAUGUUAGGAACAAAGAACGGACGUACGAACGGACAUUGGCAUCCUUUUUAUUUUAAAAAAAUGGGCCUCAUAUUCGCUAAACUGUGGAGCUUCUUCUGUAAUCAAGAACACAAGGUGAUCAUCGUUGGCCUGGACAACGCUGGCAAGACCACCAUACUCUACCAGUUUCUGAUGAAUGAGGUGGUCCACACGUCGCCCACCAUCGGCAGCAACGUGGAAGAGAUCGUGGUGAAGAACACGCACUUCCUCAUGUGGGACAUUGGCGGACAAGAGUCGCUCAGAUCCUCCUGGAACACGUACUACGCCAACACCGAGUUUGUCAUCCUGGUGGUGGACAGCACCGACCGAGAGCGUCUGGUAAUCACCAAAGAGGAACUUUACAGAAUGUUGGCUCAUGAGGACCUGCGCAAAGCAGCUGUGCUGAUCUUUGCCAACAAGCAGGACAUGAAGGACUGCAUGUCAGCGGCCGAGAUCUCAAAGUACAUGACGCUGAGCGCCAUUAAAGAUCACCCGUGGCACAUCCAGUCCUGCUGCGGUCUCACGGGGGAAGGUUUGUGUCAAGGUCUGGAGUGGAUGACAUCACGGGCUGGACUCAGAUAGCAGCCCCUCCCGUCUCUGAAUUCUUUCAUGGAACUUGGAAGGAACCCCUCCCACAAGAGGUCUCUCUCAUUUCCUUCCAUUUUUUUUUUCUUUGGAACGGACACGUACGCAUUUGGGCCGGAAAUGAAAUGCAGCCACAACAUUCAGGGACGUAAGCGAAUGUAGGCUGUGGUUUAACAAAAAAACAAAAAUUACACACACCCACGUUAGUUGUUGCGUCUACAUAAGCUACGACAUGGUUGGUGGGUUUAGCUCCAUGAGCAAAAGUGUGCUUGGUUAUUUUUUUCUUUUGGACAAAGAGAAGUGGUUACUUUUUUUAAGGACAGUAUUUUAAAUUUCACUAUUUAAUGUCAUUGUCUUGAAGCAUUUCAGCGAGGAAGGUCGUUUUUUUUUUUUUUUCCCCCCUAGCGGGAAUGGUGCUCUUGUGUAUUUUUGCAAGUCGGCGAUGUGCACUUUUGUAGUAAGAAUGAACUAAGGUUGGUGGCAGUAUUUGAGCCAUGCGAGUAAACAGCAUUAAGACAUCCUUGUAAAGUGCGUUACAUUUAUGACAAGAUUAAAUAUUUUUCAGCCA